AUGAGCUCGGAAAAUCCGAGCGCCAGUGACAACCACGGCGAAAUAAGCAACGCCGUCGAAGAUGGAGUCAGUGCUUCGAGUCACAACGCAGCAGCUUCGGCAGAUUUGCAAGCAUCAAACCAUACAGGGAAGGAGAAACGCGAAGAGCAGAGUCCCCAAGAAGACCAUGUAAGAACAUCAGGACAGAUGGGGGAAGGGGCUUCACCUGCUGGCGAUGUUCCAUAUUGCGUACUCCCCGAGGGUGAGAAGAUCUUUCUGAUGAUCGUUUGCUCCAUCGCCGGAAUGAUUUCGCCAAUGUCGAGCAGUAUCUACUUUCCAGCGCUGAACAAUAUUGGAAAAGAUUUGGAUGUGUCCACCACUUUGAUGAACCUUACCAUUACGACGUAUUUGAUCUUUCAAGGCAUUGCUCCGUCGUUUAUUGCCAGCUUCUCAGAUGCACAUGGUCGACGCCCAGCGUAUUUGAUAUGUUUUACAAUCUAUCUGGCAGCCAAUAUCGGCUUAGCUUUGCAAGAUAGCUACGCGGCUCUUAUAGUGCUUCGCUGUCUGCAAAGCUCAGGAAGCAGCGGCACCAUCGCAUUGGGGAGCGCAGCAGUUUCCGAUCUGUCCACCCGCUCGGAAAGAGGGAAGUAUAUUGGCUAUGCGACCAUGGCCGUCACCCUUGGACCGGCUUUAGGUCCCGUUAUUGGAGGGCUGAUCGACCAUUUCUUGGGCUGGCGGUGGAUAUUUUGGUUUCUGGUUAUCCUCGCUGGUGCGUACGCGACGCUCAUCGCUGUCUUCUAUCCCGAAACGUGUCGCGCAGUUGUAGGCAACGGUUCUGUGCCGAGUGCCAAGUGGAAUCUCUCUGGGUGGCAGAUUAUAAGCAACACAUUCCGGCGUGGAAGAGCACCAGCCAAAGAGCCCAACUACGAAUCUGUUCAGAAACGUAGACGUGGCGUCAACCCCUUUGCUUCUGCGAUGAUAGCCACUGAGAAGGAAUCUGCCUUGAUCCUCAUUUAUGGAUCGUUGCUGUAUUGCGGAAACAUGGCUGUGCUAAGCACAUUGACAUCUGAGCUGCAGACACGGUAUGGAUUCAACUCGAUCCAGAUUGGGCUAUGCUAUCUUCCUAUGGGAUGCGGUAGCAUGACCUCCCGGUUGACAGUGGGCAGACUCUUAGACUGGAAUUUCAAGCGAGAAGCUGCGCGGCAGGGAAUGCCAAUUGUCAAGAAUCGCCAACAGGAGAUCGAAAAGUUCAAUAUCGAGGUCGCUCGACUCGCUGUAACCAUCCCGUUUGUGUACGGAGGCGCUCUCUUUUUAGUCGCAUACGGGUGGGUGAUGCAAUACAGGACGUCUCUGGCGGGACCACUGGUGGUAUUGUUUUUCAUGUCUCAUUUUACCACGGGGGCUUUCAGUUCGCUAAAUACGCUGAUUGUCGACACUCACCGCGAAAGCCCGGCGACCGCGGUGGCAGCAAACAACUUGUGGCGGUGUUUAACAGCUGCAGGGGCUGUUGCGGCAGCAAGCCCGCUUAUUGAGCGGAUUGGGAUUGGCUGGACAGCUUCGUUCAUUGCCUUGCUAUGGCUGGUUUUCAGCCCUUUGCUGUGGGCUGUUUACCGAUGGGGGUAUGGUUGGCGAGAGAACUUGCGCAGGAAGCGAGAGGCCAUAUGCCUGGGUGCCUGA